AUGCCUCUUGACGAAGAAGGCGCCAAAUGGUCGUGUGAGCCAUGUAUGCGUGGACAUCGCUCAUCAAAAUGUCAGCAUUUCGACCGUCUCAUGAUGAAAGUUCCCAAAGCCGGACGUCCAUUGGCAAAAUGUCCACAUCCUAAAGGGACGUGCAGUUGCGAGAAGGUGUAUGCAUUUAUGGUGCGAAUACCUAAAGGCUCGACUUGCUUGUGCAGACCACUGUAUCAAGUUCCAGCUAGUUCGGCAGCCGAGACACAAUCAGUUCCCACGUCUUCUAGGACACCGUCGUUACCACCUAAUCCUACUAUACCGACACCCACGACCGCGGCACCCGGCCGAAUACAGAAGCAUACGCGCAGACCCAGCAACUUUCAGAAUCCCUCGGAUAAUGUCAUCAAGGCUCUGGAUUCCGAGCUUAUCCAAGCUGACUAUAAGAAUGACAUUCGAAUAACAACGAAGACGGCUACGCUGGACCGCUCUGUAGCCUAUACGCCUGUCUCUGGAGAUACACAUACGCCGUCAUAUGACCCGGGUCAAUCAUUACCGAUUAAAGCAGAGAGCAAGCUAGGUGGAUGUUGUUCUGCGAAAACGAAGCCUGUCACUCCAACACCGGAACCACAACAACGAUCCUGUUGCGGGGGUGGUACGACGCCCCGGAAGAAAGAAGAGCAAGUUCCAAAUAUGCCAGAAAACCGCAUCGACUCAGCGUGGAACGAAUCAUUUUAUGGCUCCCAAGGACUAUCAUGGAACGCACAACUGCCAAAUACCGAUUUUGCCCCACAAAAUAAUACAUAUACAACUAUGAACAUGAAGGCUUCAUAUUAUAACCAACCGCAAUCGAAUCAAUCUGCGAUGCCUCGAACGUUCCAUAAUAUGGAUACACAAUACCAGACCAAUAUAAGUGGACCGCCCAUGCAUCCAUUCUAUCUAAAUACCGCUUCAUAUCCUUUCGACAUGUCGCUUCCAUUUGUUGACGACAGUAAUCACAACUGUUCGUGUGGCGACAGUUGUCAAUGUCUAGGAUGUGCCAGCCAUCCAUACAACGAAACAACGCGACAACACGUACAAGAAAUGGGAUAUUUGAUGACCAUAAAAGAGGACGAAGAGAAGUCUGGGACUUCCAGUCCAUUUACAGGUCUAAACAGUCCACCAGCAAUGCUGUCCAACAUUCCAUCCAACCCUAACAACCCAGUGCGGACAAACGCACAACCGUCCUUUACAGACGACAAUGCUUUAUCUUCAACUUUCGAUAAUACCAUUAAUUCACCCACUCUCGCAAACAAUCAGUUCAUGCAACCCUCUGAAUAUUAUACGAUUGAGUAUCCUGUCGGCUUGAAUCUCUGCUCAGAUAUAACAGGGACAUGCCAGUGUGGCAAUGACUGCAGUUGCGUGGGAUGCAUCACCCACAGUGGUCACGACGGGAUUGUCCUAGGGUCAAUGCCAACAGAAGGCCAAGUUAUAACCAACCCGGCCCCGCAGCAGCAGUUCCAUGAUCACUACAGUCAAAACCCGGAUAACCCCCGUUCGAUGGACCAGUAUUCCCCAUCGAGGUUGAGUCCGCCGGUUAUUGAGACGCCGCUUGUGUAG